AGUAAUGAUAACGAUGGGCCGGGCCCAACCCACAUGGUGCGAGGCUUGGACGGUGGAGGUGGAGGCCCGGAGGAAGCCCCCAGCUCCAGCCCCGGCGCAGCAGCAGAGAAGGGGCUUUCUGGAAGAGCUGAGGUUGGGGUCACUGGGCCCACCACAGAGGGGAAAUUGAGACUGCAGGAGGGGCCCCGGAGGAGGCAGAGCCGGGAGCUGAACCCUGGACUCCCUGCCUGCAAAACCCAGCUCAGCUCCUGCCUGCACUGGAGACCCCUCAACUUCCUCCUAGACACCCAUUUGGCAGAUGAGAACACUGAGGCACAGGGAGGAGAUAUGACCUGCCCAGCUGACACGGCCAGGGGCGUGGGGUUGCUGGAGCUCCUCGAUGCCCAGAACCCCAUAGAGUUGGAGUCAUUGUCCCUGCUGCCCCGCCCAGCAAACAGUAGGCGCUCAGCAAGUGUUUGUGGAAUGUAUGAGGCAAGAGGACACAGGAGCAAAGAGAGGGGCGGUUGGGGACCGCUGGGAGACCAGGACAGUCAGCGACCCCACGGGCCCCCCAGUCUCCUCACAGCUCUGAGGCCAGGGUAGGCGAGCUGGGGGGCCAAGCUCAUCGCUGACGGCCCCCAAAUCUCCACCGUCAGGGCAGAUAAUCACCCUUCCUGUCCCAGCUGCUUGCAGCUGAGGCUCCCAAAGCCCUCAUUAGGCUCGCCCGACGAGGGCGAUGACUGGGGACUGGCUGGGCCUGUCCAUCGGUGGUGGGCACGGCCAGGUAGGGUGGCCUGGGGCUGGGGGGGCCUGGCUCUGCCAGGUGACCUGGGACAGUGGCUGCUUCUCUCCGAGCCUCGGUUUCUCCAUCAAGGCCGCAGUAGGGGGAACCGACGAUGGCGGCUCCGCGUGGGUGGGGCUUGGAGUGCUGCCUCCUUCCUCGAUUCGGUGGUUGUGAGCUGGGCUGCACUGGGGAGGGACAUAGCGGUGACCGGGACAGCCCAUAUCAGGGCUCCCAGAGCAGAGAGAAAGGCAGUCACCCGAGGGAACGAGCAAGAUGGUAACAGACGCGGCAUAUGUUACGGGCCGACGUUCAGGAGGUCCGGGGCCCUCUCCGAGGAGGUGGGCCUGGGUUGAGCCUCAUAUGGAGAGGAGCUGGCCGUGCACAGGAGGAGCUGGGUGCCUGGCCAAGGAAAUGCAGAGGCCCCGUGGGGCAUGGGGUGAGCUCCCCGUUGCCUCUGGCAUCCAAGUCCCGCCUGAAGACCAGAGGGCAAGGCCUGGGCUCCAGAUGCAGCCCCAGUGCACGGGUGGAGCCGAGAGUGUGGGCAGCGGCCCGUCCCCCAGCUCUGCUUCGCCAGACAGGAAAUGUAGGCUCAGCACAGGCCGGACACAAGGUGGGUGCGUGGGAAAUGCUCUCUGGAUGGAUGGAUGGAUCAGAGGGCACGCGGUGGCAGCCAGGCCAACAGCCCCUCCCCACAGGUGUCCUGGAGAUCCGCUCCCUCCGAGUGGGCGUCGUGGCCCUCAAGGCUGUGCACAGCGGCUUCUACGUGGCCAUGAGCCGCCGGGGCUGCCUCUACGGGUCGCGGGUCUGCACCGUCCACUGCAGGUUCCGGGAGCGCAUCGAGGAGAACGGCUACAACACGUACGCCUCAGUCCGCUGGCACCGCCGCGCCCGGCCCAUGUUCCUGGCACUGGACGGGCAGGGGGCCCCGCGGUGCGGUGGCCAGACACGGCGGCACCACCCAUCCACCCACUUCCUGCCCAUCCUGGUGUCCUGAGGCCCCAAGGGGCCAUGGGGAAUGGCCUGAUGGAGGUUCCAGAAAACGCUGGAGCUGAACA